AUGAGCGAGACAGUCACCGAAAGCGUCACUCUGACCAGCCCGCCUGAGAUCACGGCGGACAAUGUCGCUACUCUCUUCCCCGAGGUUGAUACCUCGCUCGCCCGCGAAGUCCUCCCCACCAGCCAGGCCAGCGAAGGUGCCUCCGGUGAGUUGGAAGGGUACGAUGAGGAACAAGUGCGCCUGAUGGAUGAGGUAUGCAUCGUUUUGGACAACAACGAUCGCCCGAUCGGAAGUGCCAGCAAGAAGCUCUGCCACCUGAUGACCAACAUCGACAAGGGUCUCCUCCACCGUGCUUUCUCCGUCUUCCUUUUUGAUUCCAACAAGCGUCUGCUGCUUCAACAGCGCGCCACCGAGAAAAUCACCUUCCCCGACAUGUGGACCAACACCUGCUGCUCACACCCCCUGGGGAUUCCCGGAGAGACAGGAUCCCAAUUGGAUGCUGCCAUCAUGGGCGUGAAGCGCGCGGCGCAGCGCAAGCUGGACCACGAGCUGGGCAUCAAGGCCGAGCAGGUGCCCCUGGACAAGUUUGAGUUCUUCACCAGAAUUCACUACAAGGCUCCUAGUGACGGCAAGUGGGGUGAACAUGAAGUGGACUACAUCCUCUUCAUUCAGGCCGAUGUUGACCUGAACCCGAGCCCCAACGAGGUCCGCGACACUACCUAUGUGUCGGCCGAUGAGCUGAAGGCUAUGUUCGAACAGCCCGGCCUGAAGUUCACCCCAUGGUUCAAGCUGAUCUGCAACUCCAUGCUGUUCGAGUGGUGGAGCCACCUCGGCACCCCGGCUCUGGACAAGUAUAAAAACGAGCAGGAAAUUCGCCGGAUGUAA